AUGGACGCAUUCUCUGUCUUUAUGAUUAUUCUACAUUGUUAUCUGUGCGUUUCUAAAGCCGAUGAGAAACUCUCGCCAGCGUCACCUUCAUACCAACCUUGCUCUGAGGUUAGCUCUGCUAACGUGCAUUGUAUUUUCAACUCAACCUGCCGCUACGGACAAACCGUUGAUGUUGCUUGCAAGUCAUUGGUUCCUUGCCAAUUCAGCGAUGGUGCAAAAGACUCAAUCCACUUUCGCAAAGCCACAUGUCGUUAUUGUCAUCAACUGACGAAUGAGACCGACUUUAUUUGCAAGCCAUCAAAGAGUGACUGUACGCAACCGGGAGUAGCACGAAGUUUUUAUGUGGCCGAAUGUCGCGCUCAACCGUCGGUAAUCUGCAUGGGUAGAAAAGAGUUCCUGCGGAUGCGUCCAUGUACGCGAAAAUCAGGAAAAAGUUAUGUAACCACAGUAAUACUCAGCCUUUUCUUAGGAGGACUCGGUGCGGAUAGAUUUUACUUGGGAAUGUGGCGAGAGGGCCUAGGCAAGUUGUUUACAUUUGGUGGGCUGGGUGUUUGGAGUGUAAUCGACUUCAUACUUAUUUUUGUUGGAUACAUCUGUCCGCCUGAUGAUAUGGCCUAUUGGGGUACUGUUCCACCAGAUUGA